AUGCCAAAACUCUACGAAUUCAAUUCGAAUGAUUUUUCUGAUGAGCAGGAGUCGAUUUAUAAAAAUACAAUUACCAAUGUAGAGAUUGUUAAAACAAAUUGGAAAACGUACGAUUUAGAUGUGGUUAUCAAAAAAUUUGUUAAAAAUAAUAACGAAUAUAAAAAUGAAUUUAAUAUUUUUUCAAAUUUAAAAUUCAUCCAUAGAAACAUUAUUACCUAUUAUGGGUAUUGUUCUGACAAUCCUCUUCAUUUAGUUUUUGAAUAUGCUGAUCAAGGAAAUCUAAAAAAAUAUCUCUUUGAUAAAUUUCAUUUGUUAACAUGGGAUGAAAAGUUAAAAUUUUGUAAAGAUAUUACCUGUGGUCUAAUUUUUUUACAUAGUUUUAAUAUAAUUCAUAAGGAUAUACGGUCCAAAAAUAUUUUAAUUUCACAAGGUACCGCCAAACUUUGCGAUUUUGGAUUUAGCAAAUUUGAAAAUGAAAAAACUAGACAAUUUGAUGUUGAUGGUUUGAGAGCAGUUUCACAUAUCGAUCCUCAAUAUAUCAUUAACCCGAAGUACAAAUUAUCAAAAAAGUCAGAUAUUUACUCAUUGGGUGUUGUCUUUUGGGAAAUUUCAACUGGUAAAAUACCAUAUAAAAAUUUUACUCAAGAAUCGAUUACGAUACAUGUUUAUAGUGGAAAAAGAGAAAUUCCAGGUGAGGACACACCCGAGUGGUAUAAGGAUAUUUAUGUUAGAUGUUGGGAUCAAUUGCCAGAAAAUAGACCAGAUAUUCAAGAAGUUUUUGAUAUUAUUAACAAUUAUUAA